ACUGGCAGAGUUGAACGGCUUGUAAGUCACGCAGCCAACUAGUCUCCACAACACUUUAAUUUUUCUUGCUGAGAUUGACGGCAGUUUCUUUUUUUCUUUUCCUUGAGAAGCAACAGUGUGAGCGACUCAGCAGCCAGGUCUCCGUCUCCAUAGCGGCUUCCCUGGAACCUCUCCCUGUGGUGGACGAUUGAUCUGCACCCUUUUCCUACUUUUACAGUUUUACCUUUGAGCUGAGAUUUAGUCUCCAUCCAGACCCGAGCAGCAUGUUGGAUCCGUCUUCCAGCGAGGAGGAAGGAGAUGAGAUGCUGGAGGUGGAGCGUAAAGAGGUGGCGGCCCCGAAGAGCCUCGGAGGAGCCCGACUGUCACCGGGCCGAGCCGCCGACGGCCACGGAGGUGUCCAGCCCCGGGGCCAUGGGAGCGGCGGUGGCCGACCCUCCAGUCCAAGCCCGUCGGUUGGCAGUGACAAGGAGAAGGAGGACCUGGAGAAGAUGCAGAGAGAGGAGGAGGAGAGGAAGAAGAGACUCCAGCUGUAUGUGUUUGUGAUGCGCUGCAUUGCCUAUCCGUUCAACGCGAAACAACCCACUGAUAUGGCCAGGAGGCAGCAGAAGAUCAGUAAGCAGCAACUGCAGACAGUCAAAGAUCGUUUCCAGGCAUUCCUCAACGGAGAAACUCAGAUUGUGGCUGAUGAGGCCUUCAUCAAUGCUGUGCAGAGUUACUAUGAGGUCUUCCUGAGAAGUGACCGUGUGUGCCGCAUGGUGCAGAGCGGCGGCUGCUCGGCAAGUGACUCUCGAGAAGUAUUUAAGAAGCACAUAGAGAAGAGGGUGCGUAGCCUGCCUGAAAUCGACGGCCUGAGCAAGGAGACGGUGCUGAGCUCCUGGAUGGCCAAGUUUGAUACGAUCUACCGAGGUGAAGAAGACCCCAGGAAACAUCAGCAGAGAAUGACAGCGAGUGCUGCCUCAGAACUCAUCCUCAGUAAGGACCAGCUCUAUGAGAUGUUCCAACAGAUCCUGGGCAUAAAGAAGUUUGAGCACCAGCUCCUCUAUAAUGCCUGCCAGCUGGACAACCCAGACGAGCAGGCAGCUCAGAUCAGAAGAGAGUUGGACGGACGACUGCAAAUGGCGGACCAAAUCACUCGGCAUGGUGGCAGGUUUCCUAAGUUUGCCUCCAGAGAAAUGGAGGUCAUGUACAUUGAGGAGCUACGAUCCUCUGUCAACCUGCUGAUGGCAAACCUGGAGAGCAUGCCAGUGUCGAAGGGAGGAGAGUUCAAGCUGCAGAAGCUAAAACGAGGUCACAACACCUCUAUCAUGGACAUGGGGCAGGAGGAUGAAAACACACUGUCCAAAUCUGACGUGGUGCUGUCCUUUACCCUGGAGGUGGUGAUAAUGGAGGUACAGGGUCUGAAGUCUUUAGCUCCAAACAGGAUUGUAUACUGCACCAUGGAGGUGGAAGGAGGACACAAACUGCAGACAGACCAGGCUGAGGCCUCAAAACCAACCUGGGGAACUCAGGGUGACUUCACCACCACCCAGCCAUUACCUGCUGUGAAGGUGAAGCUGUUUACUGAGAGCACAGGAGUGCUGGCACUGGAAGAUAAGGAGCUGGGGAGGGUUGUGCUCCACCCUACCCCCAACAGUCCCAAGCAGUCUGAGCUCCAUAAGAUGACAGUCUCUAAAGGCUGCCCAGACAAUGACCUCAGGAUCAAACUGGCCAUUCGCAUGGACAAACCACAGAACAUGAAGCAUUGUGGGUACCUUUGGGCCAUUGGCAAAAAUGUUUGGAAAAGAUGGAAAAAAAGAUUCUUUGUGCUGGUCCAGGUGAGUCAGUAUACCUUUGCCAUGUGCAGCUACAGAGAGAAGAAGGCUGAGCCAGUGGAACUCCUUCAGCUGGAUGGCUACACAGUGGACUACACUGACCCCCAGCCAGGUCUAGAUGGAGGUCGGACAUUUUUUAAUGCUGUAAAAGAGGGCGACACUGUGAUUUUUGCCAGUGAUGAUGAGCAGGACCGUAUCCUCUGGGUGCAGGCUAUGUACCGAGCCACCGGCCAGUCACACAAGCCAGUUCCUCCCACACAGGUCCAGAAACUUAACUCAAGGGGGGGCACAGCGCCACAGCUUGAUGCACCUAUUUCUCAAUUCUAUGCUGAUCGAGCGCAGAAGCAUGGCAUGGAUGAGUUUAUUUCAGCCAACCCCUGUAAUUUUGACCAUGCCUCGCUAUUUGAGCUGGUACAGCGCCUCACUCUGGACCACAGACUCAACGACUCCUACUCCUGCCUGGGCUGGUUCAGUCCUGGUCAGGUGUUUGUUUUGGAUGAGUACUGUGCCCGAUACGGAGUUCGAGGCUGCCAUCGGCAUUUAUGUUACCUUAGCGAUCUACUAGAGAGGGCAGAAAACGGAGCUAUGAUCGACCCCACACUGCUGCACUACAGCUUUGCCUUCUGUGCCUCCCACGUCCAUGGAAACAGCGAGCGACUGGCUCAGUUGUUAACCUGGCCAGUAUCUGAGGCUGAACUUGAGCGAGCUCUGUUCCCCUCUGCCCCUGAGCUCCCUGCCCAAACUGCUAAGAGGGAACUCAAAAUCAUUGAGUUUAUGAAGAAAAGGGACUUCAGAUCCACAGUUUUCUCAGGAACUAAAAGGCCUGAUGGCAUUGGAACUGUGACUGUUGAGGAGAAGGAGCGCUUUGGGGAGAUCAAGGAGAGGCUGCGGGUGCUUCUGGAAAACCAGAUUACUCACUUCAGGUACUGCUUCCCAUUUGGACGGCCAGAAGGAGCACUAAAAGCAACGCUGUCCCUGCUUGAAAGGGUUCUGAUGAAAGAUAUCGUCACCCCGGUCCCACAAGAAGAAGUCAAGGCUGUGAUUCGUAAGUGUCUGGAGCAGGCGGCUCUAGUCAACUACCAGCGCCUUUCAGAGUAUGCCAAACUGGAAGGGAAAAAAAGAGAGAUGUAUGAGCAUCCUGUCUUCUGCUUGGCAUCUCAAGUGAUGGAUUUAACCAUUCUGGAGAAUUCUCAGAAAACACAGAAGAAUCCAGAGAAUGUAGGGCGGUUAGUCACCCCUGCCAAAAAACUGGAGGACACCAUCCGUCUGGCCGAACUCGUGAUUGAGGUACUUCAGCAAAAUGAGGAACACCAUGCUGAGGCCUUUGCAUGGUGGUCAGACCUGAUGGUGGAGCAUGCUGAAACCUUCCUGUGUCUCUACUCAGCCGACAUGGAUGCAGCUCUUGAAGUCCAGCCGCCUGACAGCUGGGACAGUUUCCCCCUCUUCCAGCUGCUCAACGACUUCCUGAGGAUGGACUAUAACCUGUGCAAUGGGAAGUUCCACAAACACCUGCAGGACCUGUAUGCUCCCCUGGUAGUGAGAUAUGUGGACCUGAUGGAGUCCUCAAUUGCACAGUCUAUUCACAGAGGCUUUGAAAAGGAAACGUGGGAACCUGUUAAGAGUACAACAAGUUCUCUGCCCAAUGUCAACCUCCAAAUGCCCAAAGUAUCAAAUUUAACAGUUCCAACUGUUAAUAUUCCACAAUUGCCCAGCUUUUCUCCACCCAACUGGAUGACAGCUAAUUAUGACUCUGACAACGGCUCAGGGACCUCAGAGGAUCUUUUCUGGAAGCUGGAUGCUCUUCAGACCUUCAUCAGAGAUCUCCACUGGCCAGAGGAGGAGUUUGGCAAACACCUGGAGACCCGACUGAAGCUGAUGUCCAGCGACAUGAUUGAAUCCUGUGUAAAACGGACACGGGCAGCGUUUGAGGCGAAGCUUCAGAAGAGUAGCCGGGCCACAGACUUCCGUGUGCCACAGUCCAUCUGCACUAUGUUCAACGUAAUGGUGGACGCCAAGGUUCAGUCUGCCAAGCUUUGUGCUGUGGACCUGGGGCAGGAGUUUAUUAGGGAGUGGCGACAAUACCACUCCCAAAUCGACAAUCUAAUUGAAGAGACGGUGAAGGAAAUGAUAACUCUGCUCGUAGCCAAGUUUGUAGUCAUUUUGGAGAGUGUGUUAGCCAAGCUCUCCAGAUAUGAUGAAGGAACACUCUUCUCUUCCUUCCUGUCUUUUACUGUGAAAGCUGCCUCCAAGUACGUGGAUGUACCGAAGCCGGGGAUGGACGUCGCUGAUGGUUAUGUGACAUUUGUUCGUCAUUCCCAGGACAUGCUGCGGGAGAAGGUCAAUGAGGAGGUGUACAUAGAAAGACUAUUUGAUCAAUGGUACACCAGCACCAUGAACCUUGUAGGAACAUGGCUGACUGACCGUAUGGACCUGCAGCUCCACGUUUAUCAGCUGAAGAUUCUUAUCAGGAUUGUCAAAAAAAAGUAUCGUGACUUCCGUCUUCAGGGGGUGCUGGACUCCACAUUAAACAGUAAGAUGUAUGAAACUGUGAGAAACCGGCUGACCUUGGAAGAAGCCACCGCAUCAGUGAGGGAAGGAGGCAUGCAAGGCAUUUCCAUGAAAGACAGCGACGAAGAAGAUAAUGAUAACUAGAUUAAAGGGCCUGAAAACUACUAGAAUGUCAAAGUUUUUCAGAGGGUGAGGUGUACUGCCUAGGAAGUCCAUGCAGCCUUUUUUGAGAGGUCAAAAGAAGUUGGCAUACUUUGUUUUUAGUCUUUCAUUUUGUAAUAAUUCCACAUUUCUGCAAGACUCAAUACAAGAAGAAAACAUUGUUUUGUGUAUGUAAACACUUGCAUGACCUAAGUCUGUUUAUUUUUUUAAUGCUCAUUAGGGUUGGGCACCAUGAAAGUUUCCAAAGUUUGGAUUCUGAAGGAAUUGUAAGGAAAGUUUUAUGUCACUUCUGCUUAUCGAUUGUUAAACACCUCAGAUGUACUAGUGUAUGAGCAGUUAUUGAAGAGUACAGAGCAGUGCAGAUGUGUGGGCAGAGAAAGUGUGAGUGGUGGAGUGACAGAGCCCCAAUAAGCCCCAAAGGAAAUGACUGCUUCGGCCCAAGAGAAGUUCUCCUGCUCCCUGUAGCAAAGUCAGAACACAGUGUAAUGCAAACACCUACUGCUAUUCAUCUGGACCAUUCUGCAAGCUGAAUGCCGCUGUGUUUUUUUUCUACACAUGCAUUUGCCUUAAUAAAUCAUGACGUAAGCAUUACUCUGUUAUCCUGCUCAGUUGCUGCUGAGCUGCUUGACCAACAGGUGAGCUGUGUCCCAAAACAAACACCUUAAUUUAAGAACUGCUGCUACAAAAUGCUUUACAAGAACCUGCUAUCAUUACAGUAAACUAAACAUUAAAAUAUAAACCAGCCACAGUUGCUACUGUUACAAUUAUUUUAUCCAGGUAGUUCUGUGUUUCUGCUAACAUUUCCAAGCAGAGUUUCACAAACUCUGUAGUGAAGAAUGCAGAAGGAUGUUAUAGUAACAACAUAUGAUGAGACCUGCUUUAUUACUCCACCAAGAAACGUGGUGGAGUUAUGUGAUGCUCGGCGUGUUUGUCUGUCUGUUAGCAACAUCACUCAAAAACGGACGAACGGAUUUGGAUGAUGUUUUCAGGGAAGGUCUGAAAUGACACAAAGACCAAGUGAUUAGAUUUUGGCAGUGAUGCUGCUUAUAGUCUGCAUCCACGGAUUUGUUAAAGAUUUCUGUAUCAUUGCGAGAUAGCGUCAUGGCGUCACUGUAACCAUGACAACAAGUGAACACUACAUCCGCUGCCUGCUGAUGAUCACAUGAUUGUGAUCCUACUACAAAUCCACCACUGUGGACUACAAAUGUUUUAAAGAUUUCAUCCGUUGGAAAUGAUACGACUGAGCAGCCUUGGCGGAGGACUGCGCUCUCUGAGUGCGUUUCUAGUUUCCCCUUACUUUCAGUAACUCUUCUGCUUAUCAAGGCUUGUUGCAGCUGAAUGAAUAACUGGUUAAAGUGACCUCAGAGCUUUUAUAGCAACAUUUGACUGUGACUACAGCAGUGUGCUGCUACUUGUCUCACAUCAGAAGCAGCAGUCCAUUCUACAUCACCACUUUCCUUAAACUGGAUGUGUGUCAGACUGUGGCUGUGGGUCCUCACUGCUUAAAACCACUUUAAUUCAUAGAGUUAUUCAGUGUUUGUUUUCCUCGAUAGUCAGAGAUGGACAGUGAUGAAGAAAAUACUUAGAUACUUAACGCAGGUAAAAGUAAUAAUGCCACACUGUAAAAGUCCUACAGUGAAAAUGUUACUUAAAAGUAUGUCAGUGUAAUCAGUAAAAUGUACUAUGGUUAUAAAAUGUAAAGUAGAAAAAUGUAUCCUAUGGUUUUUAUACUCCAACAUAUUGUAUGUUAUAGUAUUGGAUUAUUAUUAAUACUUUUGCAUUCAUAGGAAGGCAGAAUUUUACUUUUGUAGUAACUCAAACCACCUGCAACUCAAAUUCUAGGAUUGGAGAAUUUUUAGGAACCUGAAUUGAUAAGCAGAAGCACAAUCAGAAUUGUUAAAAUACAAAUGAUACCCAACCCUAAUGCUCAUCAAUAAUGUGUAACAAGCAAAUAAUAAAAUAUAAACUGAUUGCUCUUAAGCAAUAUGAGGAAGUAAGAUCACAUAAAAUCAAACAAGGCAAAGACAUGAGUGUUUGAGCCAUGACAAAUGUGACCAUGAACAUGGUGAAUGCAUUUUUGUCUUUGUACCAGAACUUUACUUUUGCUUGCUCCUAACAUUUCUCUUUUGCUUUACUUUUGGCAGUUUGUCAGGGAAAGAACUUAAACAGUCACACACACGAUCCACUGUUCUUUGACUACAAAUGAAACAGUAAAACUGCUACAAAUGUCUAUGUUAUUUAAAGCCUGCCCACAAAUGCAUGGUCAGGCUUUUACUGUUAAAUUAUAUAAGAAUUGAUGCAAAUGCUUCUAGAGAUGAUGGCUACUAGUUGAUUUAAGGUCAGAUUGCCUGGUCUAAAAACAACACAGCUGAAACUAAAACAUUUAGAAGCUUUUUUAUUUUUUAUAAAGUAUUGAAUGUUCUCCAGCAACAUGGAUAAGUACUUUGGUGUGAAGUUUAUGAACAAGGCUGUGUUGUGCUGAAAAAUGUUGUAACGAGUGUAAAAAAUGGUCUCAUGUUACUUUCUUGGUAAUGAGUUUGCAUCAUUACUUGACCACAAAAAUCUAAACAAAAUUUGUUAAACAAUGUGCUGCAAUAAGAUAUGACAGUGGAGUGGAGCUAUUUUAAAGUGACAAAAAAAACAACAAAAAAAAAACAACAAUAUUAUUUAAUCAUUGAUUAGACCAGUUUACAUCUGGAAGAAAUAUUCUAUUUUUAAAGAACUCCAAUGUUGUCUAGAAGCCCCACAGAUCAUUAUCACUUUUGCCUGUGGCUGUAACAGUUCAAGUAUUUGAGGUUCGGUUCUCAAUGUGAGUUGAAGAAUUACUGUCCAAUUAGCGUAAUACAGUUCCAAUCAGUAUAGGUGUUCAUAUAUGUGGAGCUUAAAUUCCAGGCUUCAUCCAGAAAACUUGGGUAGUUUGUUAGUAGUUUUCUGUUGGCUAAACCAGAGAGUUUCAUCAGUAAGGCAAACACAUACAGUCAAAAAAUAAAAUAAAAUAGAACAAAAAAUCUCCGCAGGAUAAGCCUCUUUGUUUGGAAAAAUUGGGGUUUCUCAGCACAUUACAAGCAAAAGGGGAAAACAGUGACAACUGCAUGCUGGUAUGAUGUAACCAAAGAUGAGUUUAUCUCUGGAAAUACAUGAGGGCACCAAAAUAUGUCUCUUACUGAAACAAGGCAAACAUGGAUAGAAGCAUAUCCCUUUACCUGCUGGAGUCAAGUGGCCUUUUGCUGUGGAUUUUAACUGCACCAAAGCAAAAGGCUGCGAGUUGCUCGAACAGGACUAGUCUAUGACACUGAUUCUGCUCUGACUCUGGAUAACACAGAAAACACAUUUAGUGAAAUGCUGAAAUGAUCUUUUGACAGAGGGCUGCACAGUGGUGUAGUGGUUAGCACUUUCACCUUGCAGCGAGAAGAUCCCUGGUUCGCGUCCCGGCUUUCCCGGGAUCUUUCUGCAUGGAGUUUGCAUGUUCUCCCUGUGCAUGCGUGGGUUUUCUCCGGGUACUCCGGCUUCCUCCCACAGUCCAAAAAUAUGCUGAGGUUAAUUGAUCAUUCUAAAUUGCCCGUAGGUGUGAAUGUGAGAGUGAUUGUUUGUCUCUGUAUGUAGCCCUGUGACAGACUGGUGACCUGUCUAGGGUGUCCCCUGCCUUCACCUGAGUCAGCUGGGAUAGACUCCAGCCCCCCCGCGACCCUAGUGAGGAUUAAGCGGUGUAUAGAUAAUGGAUGGAUGGAUGGAUCUUUUGACAAUGAUCCAUUUGCCUCCAUAUGGCCAGGAUGCCUCUAAAAGUGUGUCAAACAAAUGAACAACUUCUCUGUGCAGCUUGCUUUUAUGUAUUUGCAAUACAUGCAAGGACAGGACAUAUAUUGAUACACAGAGUUGUAGGCUGACACUGCUGGAAGACUUUUUUUUUUUCAACUCAAAUACUGUAUUUCAGUUAGCAAUAUAAAGCUUUGACAACAGGUGGCAAUGUGCAUUACAUCCUACAAAAUAAUUAAUAGACAAAAUUAACAACAUAACAGAAAUAUUGCUCUUUUUUUAACUUUCCAGUUGUAGUUCAAGCAUUUCAAAGCUGUCUUGAACACACUGCUGUGAAGAGGCCAUGAAGCCAGUAAAAUCACAGCUGACCUGACCUCUGGAGUGGAGCUAUAUUCACAAUAUAUCUGACACAUGCUUCAAGGUGUUGGGCAGAUGGGUGGACAACUGGCAGGACCAAAACCUCAUCUUUAUUCAACAAAACAUGGCAGUAAUUAAUUUAAACAUCACAAAAACAUGAGAUUAAGCUGCCUAAUUGAGACAAGUGCAAUCAGUAUGAAACUUGCAUGGGCAAUUAAACGAAGCUCACAUCCACUGAAUCCCCUUGUGAGCACAUCCAGACUAUUGUCAUGAGAGAUGAAACCAUGGACACUAAAUAAAAUGAAAUCACACAUUAGUCAGGCAGGAAAAAUGUUUCAGAUAUGUAUAGCUAAUUCUUUGGGUUUUGUGCAGUGAAAUAAUAAUUUAAAGGUUUCUCUUUGUGUUGGUGCCACAAAUGAUUUCCCAUUGAGAGGGUGCACAACUGUAUUGAUUCCUGUAUGUAGAAAGUGAUGCACUGUUGAUAAUUUAAGAAUCUCUGUCAAUAAGCCUCCAGAUGAAUCUGUUGCAUCUUGUUUAAGUGAACAAGCAGUCCAUGGUCUCACAUCUUUAAAUGUUGCUGCUUUGACAUCCACAUCAACCCAACUUUUUCCUUUGUUGUAGUUAAUAGGUAAGUUAGCAAGGAAAUACACAUUUAGUUUGGUUUUUAUCACACUGACAGACUUUUUUCACCUUUUCAAUUGUUAAACAAAUGUUCUUUUUUUAGUCAGAUAGUAUUUAAAUGAUAGGGUUAAUUUGCCAUGUACUGUAACUGUACAUGUUCUUAUAUUAUAGUGUGCACCUCUCUAGGAUGUAUAAUCGGGUUUGUCCGCAUUUUUUAUAAUGGAUCAUGGAAAGUGAAGUUUGCCAGUAGUUUCUCUCUGUCAACUGUUUUCUAUACUGUACUCUUAGAGCUAUGUGUCAUCCUGUGUGCAAGUACUGCAUGUCCCUGGUAAUCACUCCCUGAAGUGUUUUUGCUCUGUGUGUGAAGCUACCGGUGGGUUCACCAUGCUUCUGCCUUCGUAAAAGAACCCAUCAAGGACAAGGACAUUUAAAUAAAAGGUGAAUGACAAA